AUGUAUCCAACAUACCCACCAGAGCUGAACAAGGCGCAAGAACAAUACCUACUACAGAGCCUGAAGGACUGGUCGAUCGCCAACGGACUUGCUGUCAGACCAGCACCGUCCUAUGUUGCAACCGACAAGAAUCCUGGUGAAGCACUGGCUGGCAAUGCUCCUGUCACCUUAUUCCCAAGUCUGUUCCCGAAGGUCUGCUUCGAGCAGGCAAAGUCGGUGGCCAAGGCGUACAAUGAGCUGUACUCUGCCAUUGCCAGUGAUGAGAACUGGUUGACAGGCAUUGUCGAAGAGCUCGUUGAGAUUGAUGACUUUAUGGCUGGCCUGUGGAAGGUGCAUCUAGCUGUGAAGAAGGAGGGCUUCGCUCAGUCUCUGAACCUUGGCCUGUUCCGCUCGGAUUACAUGGUCCAUCUUGGCCAAGAUCACGCCCCCAAGCCGACUGUCAAGCAAGUCGAGUUCAACACGAUUGCAUCUUCCUUUGGCGGUCUAUCUGGGAAGGUUACUAAGCUUCACCGGCAUCUGCGAGCCAUUGAUGCAUACCCCGAUUCGGUGUCAACGAUCAUAAACGACGCUGCGCAGCCAGAGAGCCAAUCGAUAGCGUCACUUGCAAAGGGCAUGGCCUCUGCACACAAGGCCUACGGAGCGUCCAAAACUGGCUUGCCAACUGUAGUCCUUUUCCUGGUGCAAGACCCCGAGCGGAAUGUGUUUGAUCAGCGGCAUCUGGAAUAUGCCCUGAACGACAACGAUGGCAUCAAGACGUUCCGUCUGUCUUUUGACAGAGUCCUUCAAGACACAAAGCUCGACAGCCACAGGAACCUGAUUUACACCCCACCUCAUUCACCUAGCAAGCAUUACGAAGCUACCGUCAUAUACUUCAGAGCUGGAUAUGCCCCAACAGACUACAAAGAUCAGUCACAGUGGGAUGCCAGACUUCUGCUGGAGCGGAGUGCUGCAAUCAAGUGCCCCACUGUGCUCACUCAGCUUGCAGGCACGAAGAAGGUACAGCAAGUCCUGGCAACACCCCACUCACCUCACUUGGCGAAGUUCUUGCCAGAUGAGGCAAAAGCUGCCACUGUCCUUGGCACUUUCGCACCCAUAUAUCCACUCGACAAGAGCGAAGCUGGCAUCGAAGCGCGGAAGCUCGCGACAAACCCCGAGACAGCCGUCAAAUACGUGUUGAAGCCCCAGCGUGAAGGCGGCGGCAACAACGUCUACCGCAAGGCAAUACCUGCAUUCCUCAAGAGCCUACCCGAGUCUCAUUGGCCAGCAUACAUCCUCAUGGAGAUGAUCGAGCCACCGGCACAGAGCAACAGCAUCUUCCGCAACGGAGAAGUCCAAACAGGCGGUGUGAUCUGCGAGCUGGGCAUCUACGGUGCAUGCGUGUGGAAGAGCGUCAACGACGGGAAACGCGAGAUUCUAGACAACUUCGAGGCGGGAUUCUUGUUGCGUACCAAGGGUGAUCAGAGCGAAGAAGGCGGCGUGGCGGCCGGCUUUGGAUCCGUGGAUAGUCCUUGUCUCGUGAAUGUGUAG